AUGCAUCUGUCCAUUGCCGGUGGAGCAAACUGCCGCAUUGGAGAUGCUAGAGAGGAGCAUGAACGCCUAACCCAGCCCCGGAACGAUAGCAAUGCUUACCACCUUGACAGCAUCAAUGGGUACAACGUGGUUAUUUCAGGGCUUAGCACUCCUGGGUGUACGGCUGCGGCUAAUGUUGUCGCUCAAAUGAAAAUGUCAUUCCAAAAUGUGAAAUUUGGAUUGCUCGUUGGUAUCGGCGGCGGCGUUCCUGUGAGGACUGAUUGGGGAACGGUCCGUCUUGGGGAUGCUGUGGUCGGCAAUCGAGCGAAUGGGUAUCCAGGCACAGUGCAAUAUGACCGUGGAAAAGUGGAAGUCAACAGCUUCAAAUGUACCAAUUCCCUAUCCCCACCGCCACCAGUGCUCCUAGCUGCUGUGAACGCCUUGGAAUCGCAACGGGACAGAGAGAGAGACGAUCCUGUGUGGAAGGCCAUCCAGAUGAUCGACACAACAAAACGAGGCCUCCCGGCAUACAUCCACUUGGACUCUAACUAUACUUGCGAUGAAUGUGGAUGCGAUCUUUCGGAGCAAGUCCAACGGCCCGAGGACAACGAAGGCGACAUACAAUAUGUGAAGGUGCACAGAGAAAACAUGGCAACUGGCGAGAAGGAGAAGGUUAUAAAGGCUGCUGUGGAGAGGGAUCGGAAAGCAGAGCAGUGCGACGCUCUGUGUUUCGAGACGGAGGCAGCAGGCGUUUUUACCGACUUCCAUUUCCUCGAUCCGUGA